AUGUCUGCCUCCGGAAGAAGUGCGGAUAACGGGUCUGCCGUGAAAACAAGACGUUCGGCGCGUCUUGCAGAAGUUGACACCGUGGAUCUCACCCAGGAAAUCGAGGUCGAGGAAGUCACUCCCCACGAAAAGUAUGAGGAAUCCACCAGUCUGGCUCUUCUCAGCUUGGAGGCUUGGUUGGCUCCUCUCGUGUUCACCAUUGUUGCAUUUGUAUUGAGAGUUUACAGAAUCUCUGUCAAUGAUGCUGUGGUGUGGGAUGAGGCUCACUUUGGUAAGUUUGGUUCUUACUACUUGAGACACGAGUUCUACCAUGACGUGCACCCUCCAUUGGCCAAGAUGAUGGUUGGUCUUUCCGGAUGGUUGGCCAACUAUAAUGGCUCCUGGGACUUCCCUUCUGGAGAGAUUUACCCAGAGUACAUCGACUACACCAAAAUGAGAAUCUUCCAGGCUGUCUUUUCCACCUUGUGUACUCCUUUGGCUUACUACACCGCCAAGGAGGCAGGCUUGUCAAUUGCAUCUACCUGGUUGUACACCAUCAUGGUAGCUUUUGAGUUGUCUUAUGUUACCUUGGGCAAGUUCAUCUUGCUUGACUCUCCGCUCUUGUUCUUCACCGCUACUACUCUUUACACCAUGACCAAGUUUAACACUGUCAACAAUGUUGGAAUUGACUUCUCCCGCAAGUGGUGGAAGUGGCUUCUUCUCAACGGUGUUUCCAUCGGUCUCGUCUGCUCCACCAAAAUGGUGGGUCUUUUCGUCACUACCUUAGUGGGUAUCUACACCGUAGUGGACUUGUGGAAUAAAUUUGGCGACAAGACCAUGUCUUGGGGCAAGUACACCUACCACUGGAUUGCUCGUGGUAUCUCCUUGAUCGUGAUUCCAAUUCUUAUUUUCUUGUUGGCUUUCAAGAUCCAUUUCGAUUUGUUGUAUAAGUCAGGAACAGGUGACGCUAACAUGUCUUCUUUGUUCCAAGCCAACUUACUUAACUCAGAAGUCGGAGGCGGCCCAAGAGAUGUCACUAUUGGACACUCUGUUGUCACUAUGAAGAACCAAGGCUUAACUGGUGGUUUGCUUCACUCUCAUAUUCAAUCUUUCCCUGAGGGAUCCAAGCAACAACAAGUCACUACUUACUCUCACAAGGAUUCCAACAAUAACUGGAUCUUCCAAAGAGCUCGUGGCGUCGACUUUUACAACGUUGAGGAGAACCAGGAGCUCGAAUACGUUCAUGAUGGUAUGGAGCUCAGAAUCAUUCAUCCUUCCACUGGCAGAAACUUGCACACGCACGAAGUUGCCGCCCCUGUAGCUACAUCUGAGUAUGAAGUUGCUUGUUAUGGUAACUUGACUGUCGGUGAUCACAAGGACAACUGGGUUGUAGAGAUCAUGGAAAACUACGGAUCCGAAAAUAAGAGUAGAUUACACCCAUUGUCUUCAUCAUUUAGAUUGAAGAACCCAGUUAUGAACUGUUACUUGGGUGUCACAGGUAACUCCUUGCCAGCUUGGGGUUUCAGACAAGGUGAGGUUGUUUGCUUCAAGAACCCAUUCAAGAAGGACAAGAGAACCUGGUGGAACUUGGAGACCAACGAGAAUGCAUUGUUGCCAAAUGCUCCAGAGGACUUCCAAUUGCCAAAGACCAAAUUCUUGAGAGACUUUAUCCAGCUCAAUUUGGCUAUGAUGGCCACCAACAAUGCUCUUGUGCCAGAAGUUGAAAAGCAAGAUGACUUGGCCUCUCAAUGGUGGCAAUGGCCAACUUUGCACGCGGGCAUCAGAAUGUCUUCCUGGGCUGAUGACAGAACAAAGUAUUUCUUGAUUGGAUCCCCAGCUACCACCUGGACUUCUACUGCAGGUGUUAUCUUGUUCUGUUUCAUCACUUUGUACCAUUUGAUCAGAUGGCAAAGACAGAUUAAUGAUUUCCCAACUAAGAACAGCGUCAAGGUUUUCUUGAUGAGCGGAAUUUACCCUAUGUUUGGUUGGGGUUUGCACUUCAUGCCAUUUGUUAUCAUGGGAAGAGUUACUUACGUUCACCACUACUUGCCAGCAUUGUACUUUGCUAUGUUGGUUUUCGUCUAUGAGGUCGAGGCUUUCACUAGAAGAUACAAGUCAACCCCAGCUAUCUACAUUGGCAUUUAUGUUGCUUUGUACGCAUUGAUGAUCGGAACCUUCUGGUACUUCAGAUGGAUUGCAUGGGGUAUGGAUGGUCCAAAGGAGGACUGGACUCACUUGAAGCUUUUGGAGUCGUGGAGAGUCUCUGAUGACGAUUACAUUUGA